UGAUGAGAACUUUAAGCCAGCACACACUUUUUAAACCCAAGGAGCGUUGUCCUCUUUUUAAAUAGCUAGAAGAAUAACUGGGUGGAUAAGAUCAAUUUAGAAAAAUGAAGACCAAGUCGUCAUAUCAUAAAUCUGAAAACACUUUCAGGUUUCUUACGUUUUCUGAACGGCUUGCCAAUGUAAAUAUUGAUGUCAUCCAUCGCAUCGACAGAACGGGCAGCUACGCAGAGGAGGUAGAGACAUACUUUUUCGAAGGACUGACGAAAUGGAGGGAUCUCAAUCUAACAGAACAUUUUACAACCUUUUUAAAAGAAGUGAUCCACAAGAGCCAGUCCUUCAACCUGCUGGUGUUCCAUCAGACCUCCAUCGUAGAGAGUCUGAAGAACCAUCUAAAAGUGCGGGACAGCCUGGCCUAUCAGCCUCUGCUUGAUCUGGUGGUCCAGCUGGCUCGGGAUCUCCAGGCAGAUUUCUACCCUCACUUCCUGGACUUCUUCCUCAUCAUCACCUCCAUGCUGGAGACCCAGGACACGGAGCUGCUGGAGUGGGCCUUCACCUGCCUCUCCUACCUGUACAAAUACCUCUGGAGGCAUAUGGUCAAGGAUAUGAGUCAGAUGUACAGUUUAUACAGCACACUCCUGGCACACAGGAAAGAUCACAUACGAAGCUUUGCCGCUGAGAGUUGUGCCUUUUUGAUGAGAAAGGUGCCUGACCUGGACGCGCUCCUCACCUUCAUGUUCCAGGACCUGGCUGAGCACCCCCAGAAGGUGGAGGGGGUGGGGCAGCUCCUGUUCCAGAUGUGCAAGGGGGUCCGCAACAUGUUCCACUCCUGCGCCCGCACGGCUCUCCCUGUGGCGUUGCGGAAGCUGGGUCCUUCAGGCGAGGAUGGAGUCUCACUGCCCUGGGCCGCUGUUGGAGAGGCUCUGGAUCAAAUGGCAGAAGCAGCAGCCAAUCACAUCCACAAGGAACACUUCCUGGUGCUGUGGGAGUGUCUCCAGGGCUGUGUGGUGGAGGUGCUGCGGGGCCUGGAGGCUCGAGGUGAAGACGGCCAGGCUUCUCAGCACAUGGAGAGGCUGCUAAAAAUCUACCACACCCUGGUAGACCACAGAGGCGGAGCCAAGAUCACCCGGCCAGAGUCCGUAUGUGAGACCCUGAUCCAGCUGGUCCAAGCACCUGGCCUUUCCUCGUCCUGUCAGCUGGUCCUGCUGCAGGUGACAUCAUCACUGCUGCUGGGAGAGAAUGUGUCCUUACCUGACGCUCUGAUCCAGGAGAUGCUAAAAAAGGUUUUCAGGAGCAGUAUAGACCAGGACCUCAUCCUGCCGUUUGUGAAGGGCAUGUUUGACAUGAAGCAGUUUGAACAGCUUCUCUUGCCCAGCCUGUUGCAGUACCUGGAGGGGAUGUUUGGCAGUGGGGACCCGGUGACACGGCAGCUGGCUCUGGAGCUCCUGGCCAGCUUGAUCCUGGACAAGGCCGAGCCGCCCACCGAUGGCUCCAUGGCCUUCGAGAAGUACCCCCUCGUCUUCACCGGUCAGCCACUCAAGUUGUCUGAUGCUAGUAAGAGGCUGGACACCAGGGACAACACAGUCUCUGUGCCUAAAUAUGUCCUCUCGCUCCUUGACCUGCUAGAGGAGGGAGCUGUCAGUGACCUCUCUCACCUGUGGGCUGCCCUUGUGGUCCUGCCUCACAUCAGGCCGCUAGAGCCAGAUAGGGUGAUUCCCGCUGUCACCGCGGUCCUCGACCAUUUGUUGAACAGCGUGGAGGGUGGAGCCUUGGGGAAGGGAGGGCUCUUUGUGGCCAGACAGGCGCUCAGUACACUGCUCAGCUUCAAAGAGUCCGCUGAAGUUCUGUCCCUGGUGCCAGUGGAGCGGAUCCAAACUAUUAUUCAGAAAUUUCCCACAGACCUCUCUGCUCUGCUGCUGGCAGACCUCUACUACACCAGACUGUCACUCAAUGGCUGUGCCACCCACCUGUCCCAUGAUGCAUUGCUGGAGCUGUACGAGACCCUGCACUCCAACCUCUCCUCCAAUGUCUCUAAGAUUCGGCUGCUGACUCUGAGAAUUCUGACUCACUUCGAGGCAGAGAUGCCAAAGCCGCCCGAGGAUGAGGAGGCCGUGGAGACGCAGACGGUGUUCAGGCUGUGCCUGCAGGCGGAGCUGGUUCCCGCCACGCUGCACGAUUACAGGGAGAAGCUGCUCCAUCUGAGGAAGCUGCGGCAUGACCUGGUGCAGCCGGCCCUGCCCACAGGACCCUUCCAGCAGGUGCCCCUCCGUUACCUGAUUGGAAUGCUGUUCAUCAACUUCAGUCCCCUCUGGGACCCAGUGAUUGAGCUGUUGGUUACCCAUGCUAAAGGGAUGGAAAAUAAAGACUUCUGGAAGGUCUUCCAUGAACAUCUUGAAAUGGUGGCUGUUCUAGCUGAGAAGGAGCUUCGUGAGGGGGAUGAAGACGAAGAUGAUGAUGAAGAGAGUGGAGCAGGGCAGAGCCAGGACCCUGAGAGGGACGUGGUCCAAAGCGGAGACCUGGGGGUUCUGUUCCUCCAGCAACUGGACCGGGCCUGCGAUCCCAGCGAGCGCACCGACUUCACCAACUUCCGCUUCCUGCUGUGGAAAGCCAUGGUGCAGUUCCCAGACAGAGUGGAGCCGCGCAGCCGAGAGCUGAGCCCGCUGCUCCUGCGCUUCAUCAGUAAGGAGUUCUACCCUGCGGACCUGCUGGUAGCUCCUACUCAGAAUCUGAGGAAGAAGAGCAGCUACGCCCCCGAGGCUGAGAGGCCAGGGGAGGAAGAGGCAGACACAAAGGAGGAAGAGGAGGAGAAGGAGCCCCCAGAGGUGUCCAGACAGCAGGGGAAGAAGACGCCAAGGAGGGCGGCAGCCAAACAGCUUAUCGCUCACCUGAAGGUAUUCUCCAAAUUCGCCAACCCACGAGCUCUGUACCUGGAGCCCAACCUGUACCAGCUCUAUACACAGCUGCUCUGCCAUCAAGAUCAGGAGAUCCAGAAGAUGGCACUGGAGUGUGUGCUGACCUACAAGGACCCCCACAUCCUCCCCUAUAAGGAGAAUCUGCAGCGGCUGUUGGAUGAUAAGCACUUUAAAGAGGAGAUCGUUCACUUCAACAUCUCUGAGGAGGGAAGCGCGGUGGAGGCUGCGCACAGACCGCGUCUCAUCCCGGUGCUCAUGAGGAUCCUGUAUGGGCGCAUGCGCAGUAAGACUGGCAGUAAGUCUCAGGGAAAGGCCGGCGCCACCACCCGAUCCUCCAUUGUGCUGCGCUUCCUGGCCGGGUGUUUGCCCGAAGAGCUCGGCAUGUUCAUCGACCUGCUGCUGGAGCCGGUCCAACAGCACAGCCAAGGUGCCUGCGUGGAGGCAGUCCAGAGAGCAGUGGAGCAGACGGAUCUCUCCGCUGUCCUUCCCCUGGGCCGUCAGCACAGCCUGCUGAACAUCGUGGACGUGGUGAUCCACAAACUGGGCCACCUGAUCCACCUGUACCUGCCCAAAGUGCUGCAGAUCCUGCUGUGUGUCACUGCCUCUGUGUCCAAAAUCCUGGAUCAGAGAGACCAGGUAAAGCCAGGCUGCGUCAGUCCUCUGAAGUUCCUGAGGCGUUUGGGAAUCCUGCGGAUCCAGGACUUCUUCGACGGGUUCGAGUCGUACAGCUUCAGCGCAGAGGAGCUUGAUGCAGUGUUCCAGGCUGUGGUCUGGCCUCAGGUGUGCCGCCUCCCCACAGAGAGCCCCUACGCCCCCACCCCCCUUCUCAAACUCAUCCACGUGUGGAGCAAGAACUCCAGAUAUUUCCCACUGCUGGGGAAGCAGAGACCCGGCCACCCAGAGUGUGACGUCCUGCUCAAUGUCUUCGCUCUGCUGGCCGCCAAAAACGUUUCCCCGGUCACCGUCGCCAUGGUGAUGGACAUCGCGGAAAGCCUGGUGACGACGCCUGACUUCGUGCCCGCAGAGGAGGCGGAACUGAGUGUCAGCGGCUGCGUGGUCCCUGAGCCUGGCGGUGGCUGUGACAUCAUCGCAGACGAUCUGACUCUGGGUUCAAGGCUCCUCCUCCCUCACAUCCCCGCGCUUCUGCAGUACCUCAGCGGGGUUGUCCGCAACUCCGACCGCGUGAAGAAAAAGAAGUUCAGGGUCCAGGUGAACAAGGAGCUGAACAUCCUCUCCAAGAUCAGUAGGUUUGUGAGUGAUAAGGAGCAGAGCUCUGUGCUGAUCAGCCUCCUGCUGCCACACCUCCACCGUCCUAACACUGCACAGGAGACGCAGAUGGACAUCCUGCAGACGGUUCAGAACCUGCUGAGCCGCUGCGCCGACCCCUCCGCCUUCCUCAAGCCCCUGAGCCGGCUGUUCUCCGUCAUCCACAGCAAGCUGCCUCGCCAGGCCCUGUGUGUCACCUUCCAGACGUUAUCAGACCUCGACGGCGGACUGAAGUACAUCACCGACGUGACCACUCAGCUGAACGCCUUCGACAGCCGCCACCUGGACGAGAUCCACUUCGACGUGCGCCUGUCGGCCUUCCAGGGGGCGACGCAGCGCAUCAAAGAGAUGAAGACGCUGGACAUGAACUACCUGCACGCGGUCAUGCACAACUGCUUCCACUCAUUCGAGAUUGGUGACAUGUCCCUGGCAGAUAGCGCCACCAUGUGUCUCUCAGCGAUCGUAACCCAGCUGGCGUCGAUAGAGUACGGCGAGGAGGAGUACAAAGAGGUGGUACAGCGCACUCUGCUGGAUGCAGUGAGGAGAGGCCUGAGCAGCAAAACUGAGAGUGUCCAGCAGGACUACACCACAGUCCUGUCCUGUCUGAUUCGGACGUUCCCCUCCCGCCCGGAGUUCCGAGACCUGGUGCAGCUCACCGACUACAACGACCCCGAGUCUGACUUCUUCGAGCACAUGAAGCACAUCCAGAUCCACAGAAGAGGGCGUGCGCUGAGGAAGUUUGCCAAGCAGCUGACGGAGGGGACAGUGGUGAUGUCACCCCGCUCCCUGCAGAACUACAUCAUGCCCUAUGCCAUGAGGGCUCUCUUUGAUGAGAAGAUGCUGAAGUAUGAGAAUAUGACGUCGGCCUCAGUGGAGGUGAUAGGGGCCGUGUGCAGAUGUCUCACCUGGUCCAGGUACCUGUACUACCUGAAGCACUUUGUCCAUGUGCUGCAGACGGGACAGGCUGAGCAGAAACUGGCUGUCAGCCUGCUGUUGACGGUUCUGGAGGCGUUCCACUUUGACCGGGAGACCCUGGGGAAAGAACUGGAGGCCAUGAAGAGCAGAGAGCCGGAGACCGCUGCAGACGCCAUCGAAGAGGAGGGCGAGGAAGAGGAUGAGGCCGUGGAGAUGGAGGAGAGCGACAGCGAGGAGCCCAUGGAGACGGCUGCUACGGAGGCAGGCACUGCGCAAAAGCCUGAUGGGUCCCAGCCAGCCUCGUCGGGGGAGGCGGGCCCUGUGGGCGGGGCUGUGGGCGGAGCAGUGGCAAAAGUUCCCAGCGGCCUCCCUCAGAGCAGGGAGGAGCUGGAGGCUCUGAUCAGCUCCAUCCACCACACCGUCAAAGAAAGCGUCCUGCCCAAACUGCACAAGUGCCUCACUGCCAAGGUGAAAAGAGACGAGGAGCACAAGCUGGUGAAGUCGAAGGAUGUGAAGGAGGAGGAGGUGGUGAGGGUCCCCAUCGCCUUCGCCAUGGUCCGCCUCAUGCAGUCCCUCCCCAAGGAGGUCAUGGAGGCCAACCUGCCUGGUAUCCUGCUGAAGGUGUGUGUACUCCUGAGGAAUCGGUUCCAGGAGAUCCGUGAUGUGGCGCGAAACACCCUGAUCAGAAUCAUCGAGACGCUGGGCUGUCAUUACCUCCAGUACCUGCUGAAGGAGAUGCAGAGCGUCCUGGUCAAGGGAUACCAGGUCCAUGUGUUGACCUUCACAGUGUACCAGUUGCUGUCUGCCCUGAGCCCCUCCCUGAAGAGUGGGGACCUGGACCCCUGCAUGAACCUGUUGUUGGAGAUCUUCAACAACGAGCUGUUUGGGUCGGUUGCAGAGGAGAAGGAAGUGAAAGGAAUUGUCUCUAAGCUGAUGGAGGCUCGCAGCAGCAAGAGUAUGGACUCAUAUGAGCUGCUGGCCCAAUUCUCUGGGAAGGAGCGUGUCACCCAGCUCAUCCUGCCCCUCAAAGAGAUUCUGGAGAGCACGGCCAGUCUGAAGGUGUCCAGGAAGGUCCACGCGGUGCUGCGGCGAGUGGUGGAUGGACUUCUGCUCAACAAGAGCAUGACCCCCCAGUCCAUCCUGCUGCUGAGCCACGGGCUGGUCAGCGAGAGCCUGCCGCUCCUCACCCAGAAGAACAAGGAGAAGGCAUCGGUGCAGCCCCCGCCAGACCCCCGGCUGCCCCCGCCCAGCUGCCUGCUCCUGCCCCCAACGCCCAAAAGGGGCGGGCAGAAAGCUCCCAUCAGCAGCCGCACCAACAUGCACAUCCUGGUGGACACUGGACUCAGGCUGCUCCACAUGAGUCUGAAGAGGUCGAAGGUCAACUCGUCAGAAGCCUCCAUUCUGGAGAUGCUGGACCCAUUUGUGUCCCUGCUGUUGGACUGUCUCUGCUCCAUGCAUGUUAAGGUGAUCACAGAGGCGCUGCAGUCUCUCUCCUGGAUCCUGAAGUUUCCCCUGCCUGCGGUGGAGAGCAAUGCUGAGAAACUCACCCAGCAGCUCUUCAUCCUGCUGAAAGACUACGCCAAGGCCGGCGCCGCCCGCGGGGAAAACUUCAACCUGGUGCUCCACUGCUUCAAGUCCAUCACCAUCCUGGUGAAGAGCAUGAAGAGUCACCAGAUCACCAACAAGCAGCUGCAAGUCCUGCUGGGAUACGCCGAGGAGGACAUCUACGACCAGUCCCGACAGGCCACGGCCUUCGGCCUGCUCAAGGCUAUAUUGUCCCGGAAGUUAGUGGUGCCAGAGAUGGAGGACGUGCUGAAGAAAGUGGCCAAGCUGUCCAUCACCGGUCAGACCGCACAGAUCAGGGUCCAGUGCAGACAGAUCUACCUGAAAUACCUUCUGGACUAUCCCCUGGGGAAGAAGCUAAAGGCGCACCUGGACUUCACAGUGGCACAGCUCAGUUAUGAGUAUGACACUGGCAGAGAGUCAGCUCUUGAGAUGAUGGCCUAUAUCUUCCAGACUUUCCCUGAGAAUCUGCUGCAGCAGUACUGUGGGCUUUUCUUCGUGCCGCUGGCUCUCUCCAUGGUGAACGACGACUCGCCGCGCUGUAAGAAGAUGGCGGCGCUGGCUAUCAAAUCCCUGCUGAGUAGACUGGACUUGGACCACCAGAACACCAUGUACACCAUGGUCAACACCUGGCUGUCCAGUGACAAGAUGCCCCACCGGCGACUGGGAGCCCAGGUGUGUGGGCUCUUCCUGGAGGCGGAAGGGGUGGAGUUUGUCCGUCGCCUCGACGCCCUGCUUCCCCUCAUCGAGAAGGAGAUCAAUCCAUCCAACUACGAAGAUAUAGAGGAGGAGGCAGAUGAAAAGGCCGCUGACAGACUGCUCUUCAGCUUCCUCACUCUCAUCACCAAGCUCAUUAAGGACUGCAACUUCCUGCAGCUCACCAAACCGCAAGAGAUGCUCACCAACAUCUGGAACCACAUCCACGCCCACCUGCGCUACCCUCACUCCUGGGUGUGGCUGACGGCCUCCCAGCUGUUCGGCCAGCUGUUCGCAUCCCACAAGCCCGAGGAGCUGGUCGCCCGGUGGAGAGGAGAGGGCGAUGUCCCCACAGAGGCAGAGCCGGUGGCCACCACAUUCCUCGUCACUGACCUGGACAAGAGAAUGAGAGAGCUGGUCCUGUCAUUCUGCAGCCAGCUGCAGUCCAAGUUCCUGGACAUGUCGAUGGGCGAGCAGGUGAUAAAGAACCUGCUGUUUGUGGCGAAAGUGAUCUACCUGAUCUCACCCGAAUCGGAAACCAAGGAGAGCCAAGACCAGGGUGAGGAAGAGGAAGAUGAAAAGGAGGAAGAGGAGAAGGAGCGACCUCCCUCCUUGCUCUGGGUGAUAAAGAAGCUGUCAGUGCUGGCGAAGAGGGAGGCAGCAGACACGCCCAAAGUGCCACUGAAGAGAACCUGCGUGUUUAAAUUCCUGGGGGCCAUAGCCGUGCACCUUGGCAAAGAUCAGCUGGGUCCAUACCUGACCACCAUCAUUGCCCCGCUCUACAGGGAGCUGGACAGCACCUAUGCUGAUCAAGAUCCCACCCUGAAGAACCUGUCCCAGGAGCUGAUAGAGCUGCUGAAGAAGCAGGUGGGGCUGGAGAGCUUCUCCCUGGCCUUCGCAGCUGUGCAGAAGGAGGCCACCCAGAGAAGAGCCACGCGCAAGAGACACAAGGCCAUGCAGGCUGUGGCUAACCCUGACAUCGCUGCCAAGAAGAAACUGAAGAAGCACAAAAACAAAAUCGAAGCCAAGAAGAGGAAGAUUGAGUUUCUGCGGCCUGGUUACAAGGCAAAGAAACACCGUAGUCACGGUCUUAAGGACCUGGCCAUGGUGCAGUGAGGUGACCAUGCUGUCCCACGCUGAUGACAUCACAGCUUCAGUU